GGAGCUCUAAGCUGAGAUAAUGGAGAACGGAGCUUGCUUCGUCUUGACCCAUUGGCGGUGACGACGGUAAUGCUAUAUAUACAGUGCAACUACUAGGUGAUCCAGCGCGACAAUACCAUACCUCGAUAUUGCAGAAUUCGGCUGCCUUGAAUUGGGGGGGGGGUUUUUUCGCCGGCGCGGGCAAGCAGGAAAGCAGCUAUGGGGUGGCUCGACGGGUGGUUCGGAGCGGGAGGAAGGGGAGGCGACAACAGCGAGAACGACCCUCUCCGGAAGCUCGACCCCAAGCUCCGCGAGUUCCUCAAGAAGGAAUCGCCCAUUAAAUACACACCUGCGAGCGCCGGUGAGCAACAAACACAACUACAGCAGCAGCAGCAGCAGCAGCAGAAACAAAAGGCGCCCCUAACACCAGCGUCGGCGCAAAACCCCCAACAGCCAGAAGCCGCCAGCGAUGUUCCAGCGGUGCCGCGCGAGAGCCAGUUCCAGGACGGGCGGUACGCGGACCUGUGGAAGACGUACCAGUCGCAGAGUUCGGUGGAGGCGUCGACCAAGAGCGACCACGAGAAGCUGAUGGAUGUGCUGGAAGGGUUCAAGGAACGCAAGCUGGCGAUCGGCGGGGCGGCGCUGGAGAACUGCUCCGACGAGCAGCUGGCGUGGAGCGACUGCAUGAAGAACGGCGACUGGGCGCAGAAGAUGACCAUGUGUCACACCGAGGUGCAGCGCUUUGAGCGGUGCUACAUGGUGCAGUCUAGACUCCUCAAGGCCCUCGGCUAUCUGUCCACAUAUGACCGCCCGCGCGAGGUCGACGAGGACAUCCAGAUGCACGCCGACGCGCUGUACCAGCGGAUGCUGGAGCAGGAGACGGCCAUCGAGAAGGCCAAGGCGGAGGGGCUGCCCGUGCCCAAAUUCCCGCCGCUGCUCGAUAGGUCGCCAGCCGCGCAGACGGCGCGGGCUGCAGGUGCCGCAGCUGCGUCCGGCACGGCAUCUGCCGUCAGGGAGGCGGCCGGCGCAGGUGGUGGCGCGGCCGCCGACGCCGGGGAGGAGCCCAAUGCGGCCACUCUGGCUGCAUGGAGAGCCAAGCUAGAGAAGCUGCCCGACCAUGACCGGGCGGCUGAAGAGGCGGCGCUGCGGGCCGAGCACAGGGCCAAGGCCGAGAUGGCGUCGCAGGUGCAGGCUCUGUGGCAGGAGCAGGCCAAGGAGAGGGAAGCCAGAAAGGACAGCGGGGGCGAGUCGAUCGGCGACAAGCUCCGGAACUGGAUCGGGCCGAAAUAGAAUACUUAUUAUCCGUUGAGGGGGACU